AUGGCCAGAAGUUUGCAGCUGUACCUUGCUGCGGCUUUUGGCAUGUUCGUGCGUGGUGAUCAGGGCCUCAGCGGCGGUGGCAUCUUCAUGAAGAUCCAGGGGCAAAGUGGCAAGAUGACCUUCGCCACAUCCGAACCCGUAGGAUCGGCUGACGAUCGGGUGCAGAUCGAGAUGGACAGCCUUCAGGAGUUAGCCGCCGACGGCACCGUCCUGGGUGGUGGGGGAAACGCCAAGCAUUCCUUCAACAGCUUUGCCACACAGUCGUUUACCUUCGGGACUCCCAUGGAAAGCACGAUUGCGGGCGUGGAGAGGGACGAGGCAGCAGCUCUCGGUCUGGUCCCUGAUGGCCCAGGCGGAGGAUACCUGCCCAAAGACUACAAUGUCACCACGGUGUCCUUCACCAGCUACCUAGGGAGUGGAAAUGCAGCGACGGAUUCCAAGCUCGAGAUUGAGUCGAUCAUCUUCAAGGAGGACGCCAUCUUGAAGUUCGAGAACCCUGAUGGUACAUUCAUCUAUCCGACAGUCGCCAAAGGAACCGUGAAGUUCAACGUGAAGAUGAGUCAGUGGAACUGGUGCGAAAACAACUGCAAAGCAGCAGAUGGAGUCGGAAGUUCCGUGCGCCUGACGAUCAAGAUGAUCAACCAGGUGACAGAGACAGACAGCGCCACAACCACGGCGACCGAGUCGGUGACAGCCAGCGCCACGACUGCAACAUCCACGGCGACCGAUGCAGUCACCAACGCCACAACCACGACAUCCACAGUCACCGAUUCGGUGACAAGCAAUGCAACAACCACGACAUCCACAGUCACCGAUUCGGUGACAAGCAAUGCUACAACCACCACAUCCACGGCGAGCGAUUUGAACACUUCAGCUAACGUGACGACCACUAAUUCAGGUAACUCCUCGAGGCGUCUCUCUGGGUGCACAGAUGGUUCUUGCGAGAACGGCGCCGUCGAGGACUUGGGGGGUGUGUUUCUAUCCGUGCUCAACACCUACAUGAUCCGCAAUGGGAGUGGCGCUGUGACACAGUUCACGUUGCCGGAAAAUCCAACGCUUACCAUCGAUCCGCCUCCCGGCACCCAGGCCACCAAGCGCACUACGGUGCUGGUGCUGCAGUUUCCGCGCGCCAAUUUCGCAGCGACUGACACGCUCAUCUACGACCCGCUGAUGAGCUACUCAGACUUUGAGGAGACAAGCACAGGUGAUGUCACAACUACCGACGGAGAUCCCACGAGCGACACGACCAGCGGAGAUGCCGAUGCCGCUGCCACUUCCACUACCACGACCACGACCACGACCACCAGUGGAGAUGACGCCUCUGCUGGAGACGAUGCGAGCACCACUACCAGCACUACCAGUGGAAGCAGUGGAAGCAGCACCUCCAGUGGCGGCAUGGAGAAUGCAAAUCACGGUAGCAAGGCUUACCUCACCAACCUCUGCGGCCUCUGCGCCCUCGGGUUGCUGGUUCUUUGA